AAACAGCAUAAUUUGUUGUUUUAGUAAUCAUGAUCAUCUCUACGUCUUUCUUUCCGGCUUGUGAUCCGAUCGUGAUACAUAGCUGCAACCAUGGUGGCCCAGAAGAAGCAGAAGAAGGCCCUGGAGUCCAUCAACUCCAGACUGGCCCUGGUGAUGAAGUCUGGCAAAUACUGCUUUGGCUACAAGCAGACGCUGAAGCAGCUUCGCCUGGGCAAAGCUAAGCUUGUUAUCAUUGCCAGCAACACCCCUGCCCUUAGGAAAUCUGAGAUCGAGUACUACGCAAUGCUGGCCAAGACGGGCGUGCACCACUACAAUGGCAACAACAUCGAGCUGGGCACCGCCUGCGGCAAGUACUUCCGCGUGUGCGGCAUGGCCAUCACGGACCCGGGCGACUCCGACAUCAUCCGCUCCAUGCCCGAGGGACAGUAAAUACACGGACGCAGUGACGCA